CCCGCGCCCCGGCUCGAUGCUCGGAGGCGGCGGGCCGUCCCAGCGGGCGCCCGGCGACACACUGACUUGCAGCAGGUCGGUCCACUCGAUCGCGUCCGGAGCCUCCGCUCCGCCGCUCCUCAAUCUCUCCGCGGUUUCCGAGCAGCGGCGCCGGGCGGAGCAGCGGCGAGAGGCUCAGCCGGGGCCGCGAGGACGACGGCGUCCCGAACACCUCAGCGCCCGCGCCGCCGCGCGCUCUGUCAGGAGCGGAACUUCCUCCUCUGCUGAGCGGCCGCCCCCGCCCGGCUCCUCCUCCUCCUCCUCCUCCCUCCUCCUCCUCAGCGAGCCCCGCCGCCCGCUUCCCGGCCGAGCCCAGCCGCAGGAGCUGAGUCCCCGCGCCUCGGCAGCGUGCGAGGUAGCCGGGCCUCGGCCCUCGGACCGACAGCCCGGGGCCGGCGCCGGCUCAUUCCUCGCACCGCCGGGGAGAGGCGGGCGAGCAAGCGGGGGCGAGCAGCCGCGCCUCGGGCGGGCGCAGGGCGGCUCCGGCUGGGCCCGGCCUCGGGUGGCUCGCACGCUCAGGCCGGCGGGGCGCGGCACCGCGGCCCGGGGCUGGUCCUUGGCCCCUGGAGGCCCGAGGAGCGCCGAGCGGCAGUGGGGCCGACACCGGUUGGGUCGAGCGGAGCCGAGCGGCUGCGGGGGGCGCGGGCCGGCCUGCCGCCCCGACUCGCGAGUGGGCGUCCCCGGGCGGCGGAGUGUGAGGUGCGCGCGCACGCUCCCGGCCGCCGCGCCCCUCCCCCGCCCGCCGGGCCGCUCGGGCCUGGCCGCGGCCGCCGGGAGCCCCGAGCCCCCGGAAACCCCGGCGGCCGGGCGAGGGGGACCGAGCGCCCGGGUCUGGGUCUGAAACGCGGCGCUGGAAUCCGGGGAUCCCGGAACUGACGGAUUCCGGGGACCAAGGCUGGCGCCUGCCUCGAUGACACAGACUCGGGCCCGGGGUUCAACUGCAGAGUCCCAAACUUCCACGCGUUCUUGGGCACGCGAGGCUGGAUGAAGGAGGUGGCACCGGCCACGUGCCGGUUCCCUGCUAAAAUGGCAGCCUUGCCCUUUCAACUGGGUCCCAUCCUAAGGAAUCCAGCUACCUGUGUAGGACAGGAGAGUCCUCAUGGUUCAGUCCCUAGGACACACUCUGUUCAUCUUCACCCUCUCCCAAAAGAUUUCAGGCUGAUGAGGACCAUUCCUGGAAUCCACUCAUGUUUUGCAAUAUUGAAGUUCCUUGUGUUUGUUUAAGCUUACGUUGACUCUUCCAUUGUUAAAAUAAAAUAACAAUUUUGAAGUUG